UCUUUUGUGAAAUAAGAUAAUCGAAAAUAGUUUAGGAUUGAAAUAGACUCAACUAUUUUCCUAUUGAGAUUAUUGACUGUUGAGUGUGUAAAGUGAACAAUGUUUGUAAAACUUGUUCCAAACCAAGCUUGGAUACAUACUCAAGUUUGUAGUAGUUGUUGUCGGUUAUGGAAGAGACCAAGGCAAUGGGUUCGAUUCUUUGGAUAUUCGUAUCGGGUCCAUUUUCUAUACAAGUUGCGCAGAUGUAGUAUCGAUGGUAAUAUUCCAAGGAAAAAUAUGCUUUCUACCUCCGCUGCAAGUAAUCAGAGCGAAAGACUUUGGAAUCAACAAGGAACCAUUCCUUACCAGAUUCCACCCAAAGAAAUGGUACAGUUAGUGGAUAUGCAGUUGGAUCAUACCGUUUCCUUUCCUCCAGGAUAUCCUAAAGAAUAUAUGUUGGUUAUCGACUCGCCUUCUUUACCGAGUAUAGAAGAACUUUCCAGACCUGAAUUACGUUUAGCUGGAUAUCGCAUUCAUCCUUCUACUUUCACACCUUCAAGAAUGAGUUUUGUAUCCAAUAUCCAAAUAUGGCAGUUAUCGAAUAGUCAACCCAAAUGCAUUAUGGAUAUUUCUCAAAGUUUGAAAGCAUUUCUCCUCCAUUCCAAGAACAAGGAAGCUUGCCACUCAACUUAUUCAUUAGAAGAAGAAAAGGAAUAUUCUUUAAAGCUUUGUGAUAUUCAUUGGGCUCCGGAUGGAAGAAAGUUUACUUUUUGUGUUUUCAAACCCCAAUUUGGUUUGCAAUUGUGGUUAUGUGAUAUUGAAGAGCGUCAAGUAUAUCCGUUAUUGUUGGAAAGAAAUCAAAAACUGCAUGCGAUAUGUGAAAGUCCAGUGAAAUGGUUUCAUGAUUCUCAACGUUUGUUAAUCCAUUUGGUAUCCAACAAGACAAGUUUAAAGAAUAGUCCAUCUAUUCCACAAGGCCCAUUUAUACAACAUCAUGAGGAACAGCGUGAAGCUCCUGCUAGAACAUUUCAAGAUGUACUCAAGAAUAGUUAUGAUGAAGCUUGUUUAGAGUACUAUUGUACAAGUGAGUUGGCUAUUUAUGAUAUUUUGGAUAAGAGUUGCAAGUCGUUGCCAUUGGAACCCAGUUGCUUUACAGGAACAAGUAUUUCACCCGAUGAUAAAUAUAUUCUGAUUGAAGAGAUGACUAGGCCUUAUUCUUAUUUGUUUCCUGCUUCUCGAUUUCCUAGAAAGAUUGAAAUAUUUCAUAUUCAGGAUGCUUCUACUACAAUAGUUGCUGAAUUGGGAUUACAAGAACAUAUUCCUAUCGAUAUGGAUGCAGUUCCUGAUUGUCCUCGAAAUUUUCAAUGGAGAGCUAAUGUGGAUGCUACUCUUUGUUGGGUUCAAGCAUUGGAUCAAGGCAAUCCUAAGAACCAAGUAGAAUAUAGAGAUGCAUUAUAUUGCAUAUCUGCUCCAUUCAACGAUCAUCCCAUUUUGUUAUUCAAGUUGAAAUGGAGAUUGGAAGAUAUCGAUUGGAGUGAUAAUGAAUAUACUUUGGUAUGGGAAGAAUGGUAUCAAAGUCGUUCAAGACGAGUCUAUUCUUGUCACAUUCCUUUGAAUAUUGAAAGGAAGACUUGUACAACUUUGUUAUCUCAUCAUACGAUAGUUGAAAGACAUUCUUUUUGUAUCAACCAACCAUCUAUGGUUAGUGACUUGGAAUGUUUAUGGGACAUUCCUAAUUGGAAAGAUCGUUAUCACCUUCCAGGAUAUCCCAUGUCUAGAAUGAAAACUUUUGGAAAGUGGACAUUGAGAACUAUUGACUUUUUGAAGAACGAUAAAAGUCCAUUUGUUUAUUUGAUAGGCCCUGGAGCUUCUGAUAAAGGAGAUAGACCUUAUUUGGAUAUAUUGGAUACUCAAACAAAAAGAAGAUGGAGAUUAUGGCAAAGUUCACCACCUUAUUAUGAAAGAUGCAUAGGAGUAUAUUCUGAAGAUGAUCAACAACAAAUUACACAAUUGCUCAUCUCUCGAGAGUCUCCAAAACAAUUGCCUAAUGUUUAUGUUGUUGACUUGCCAAGUUUUUAUGAAAUACAGCAAAAGCAGACAUAUGAGGAGAAUGGUCAUCUCGUGGAUACUUGGAAUAAUAUCGUAUCCAACAAGCCAUCUCAUGAUUCUUGUAUCAAGCCUUUGACCUUUUUUGAACAUCCUUUUCCAGGGUUUUUGGAAAUUCAAAGAGAAUUGGUAGAAUAUGAUCGUCAAGAUGGAGUGAAAUUACAUGCUAAUUUAUAUCUUCCUCCUCAUUACGAUCCAAAGAAAAGUGGACCUUUGCCAACUUUUAUAUGGGCCUAUCCACAAGAAUAUCUUUCAUCAGAUACUGCAAGUCAGUUGAGAGAUUCACCAUUUCGUUUUGUUCAUUUAGCUAGGUCACCUUUGUAUUGGUUGACUCAAGGCUAUGCUAUUUUGGAUGGUCCCGAAAUGCCUAUUAUAGCAAAAGAAGGAGAUGGACAUCCCAACGAUCAUUUCAUUUCACAACUGGUUUCAAGUGCACAAGCUGCAGUAGAUUUCUUGGUCGAACGAGGUGUGAGUGACCGACAUAGAAUUGCGAUAGGUGGGCAUUCUUAUGGUGCAUUUAUGACAGCCAAUUUGUUAGCACAUGCACCUAAAUUAUUUUGUUGUGGAAUUGCUCGUUCAGGUGCUUACAAUCGUACGUUGACUCCCUUUGGAUUUCAAAUGGAAGAUAGGAAUUUAUGGCAAAUUCCAUCCAACUACAUAGAAAUGUCUCCCUUUAUGUAUGCAGAUAGAAUAAGUUCUCCUCUACUAUUGAUUCAUGGAGAAUUGGAUAACAACGACGGCACCCAUUUGUUACAAAGCGAACGUAUGUUUUCAGCUUUAAAAGGAUUAGGAAAAGUCGUUCGAUUUCUGAAAUUGCCAUUAGAAGCACAUCAUUAUCGUUCAAGAGAAUCCGUAUUGCAUGUACUUUAUGAGAUGCAUCAAUGGUUGGAAACUUUUUGUAGAUGAACAACUAGCAAAGUAAUAUGAACAAUAAAA